UGACAAGUGAAUGCAUUUGAAAGACUGGAAGCGCUGGAAGUGUUGUCAAUGUGUUCAACAGUUGAGUGAUUGCUAUGAAUGUGUGCUUAAGAGGCAAACGUUGUGCCAAAGUGUUAAUAAUAUGUCUGCUCUUAAGCCUUAUAUUAACGGUUUGGAUAUCUUUGCAAUUAUCUCCAAUCAUCACCUCUUUGAGUGUCAACACAUCCGACUGUGAGUGCCAUCCAAAUGAAGACAAUGCUCACCAUAAAGCCAAAGAUAUGUCAUCGACAGAGACGUCUAGCCAUCGAUUGGCAGUUGUGGUACCCUUCAGAGACAGAUUUGACGAGUUGUUGACAUUUGUUCCCCAUAUGAAGACAUUCCUGAAGAAACAGGGAAUCGAUUACAAGAUAUAUAUCAUCAAUCAGAUGGAUGUCUACCGAUUCAAUAGGGCUUCCCUUAUAAACGCGGGUUUCUUGAUAUCCCGACCUGAAUGUGAUUACAUGGCUAUGCAUGACGUGGAUCUCCUGCCCCUCAACGCCAACCUUUCCUAUCACUUCCCAACCGACGGACCAUUCCAUGUGUCUUCGCCUCAAUUGCAUCCCAAAUACCACUACAAGACAUUCGUCGGAGGAGUACUACUUAUAAGAGGAGAGCACUUCGAGAAAGUCAAUGGCAUGUCUAAUAACUACUGGGGCUGGGGUUUGGAAGACGACGAAUUCUAUGUCCGACUCAAAGAAGCGAAUCUCUUCAUCUCAAGACCACAAGGAAUUACGACCGGAAUUAAUGACACAUUCCGUCACAUCCAUAGCACUCACCGCAAGAGAGACACCAUUCGUCUCUUCAAUCAGAAAGAGAUAACCCGAAAGAGGGAUCGCAAGACAGGCCUAAACUCAGUGCAGUUCCGACUCAAGAGUGUCAACGAAGUAAUGAUCGAUAGGUCUGCCGUCAGUGUAUAUAACGUGCAAUUGAUUUGUGACCUCUCGCUGACCCCGUGGUGUCAGACCCGACAGACUAUAGCCUCUAAAGGGCCGAAAGCGGCCAACAGUUAACCCUUUUUGCGCUCAACUCUUGACUUAAGCGUUGGUUUGGUUGGUGUGACACCAGAUGGAUGUGCAGGCAAUGGGGUUAUGGAUGUCGUGGUUGCGCUCUAAUGGUUGGAUACGUUGAAGACGUCAUCGGAAAG